GACCUUUGGCCGCUGGCAUUCCUGCGCGGCCGGGAGCUGCGGGCGCUCGGGGGAUAAGGCGAGGACGCACCGGCAUUAAUGGAAUAGGAGAACUCCCGAAGCUUUUAGGGCCCUGGGAAAGGGGGCGUGGCUGGAAACGGAGCUACUGGCUUCGGAGAAUUCUGUGACCCUCACAGCCGCGACGACCCCGAGGAAACGCUGUCAGGUCGCCUUUGGUUGGCAAGGCGUGGUUGUCCUCGCUGUCCCUCGCCUUGGCGGAAUGGGCACCUCACUAGCCCUGGCACUAGCUAGCAUCGCUCUAAACUCAAGAGGCCUGAAUAUUUGGACAAGAUGGCAGAUUCAUCAUCAUCUUCCUUCUUUCCUGAUUUUGGGCUGCUAUUGUAUUUGGAGGAGCUAAACAAAGAGGAAUUAAAUACAUUCAAGUUAUUCCUAAAGGAGACCAUGGAACCUGAGCAUGGCCUGACACCCUGGACUGAAGUGAAGAAGGCCAGGCGGGAGGACCUGGCCAAUUUGAUGAAGAAAUAUUAUCCAGGAGAGAAAGCCUGGAGUGUGUCUCUCAAAAUCUUUGGCAAGAUGAACCUGAAGGAUCUGUGUGAGAGAGCAAAAGAAGAGAUCAACUGGUCGGCCCAGACUAUAGGACCCGAUGAUGCCAAGGCUCGAGAGACACAAGAAGAUCAGGAGGCAGUGCUGGGUGAUGGAACAGAAUACAGAAUUAGAAUAAAGGAAAGAUUUUGCAUCACGUGGGACAAGAAGUCUUUGGCUGGAGAGCCUGAAGAUUUCCAUCAUGGAAUUGCAGAGAAAGAUAGAAAACUGUUGGAACACUUGUUUGAUGUGGAUGUCAAAACCGGUGAACAGCCACAGAUCGUGGUGCUUCAGGGAGCUGCUGGAGUUGGGAAAACAACCUUGGUGAGAAAGGCAAUGUUAGAUUGGGCAGAGGGCAAUCUCUACCAGCAGAGGUUUAAGUAUGUUUUUUAUCUCAAUGGGAGAGAAAUUAACCAGCUGAAAGAGAGAAGCUUUGCUCAAUUGAUAUCAAAGGACUGGCCCAGCACAGAAGGCCCCAUUGAAGUAAUCAUAUCCCAGCCAAGUAGCCUCUUGUUUAUUAUUGACAGUUUCGAUGAACUGAACUUUGCCUUUGAAGAACCUGAGUUUGCACUGUGUGAAGACUGGACCCAAGAACACCCAGUGUCCUUCCUCAUGAGUAGUUUGCUGAGGAAAGUGAUGCUCCCUGAGGCAUCCUUAUUGGUGACAACAAGACUCACAACUUCUAAGAGACUAAAGCAGUUGUUGAAGAAUCACCAUCAUGUAGAGCUACUAGGAAUGUCUGAGGAUGCAAGAGAGGAGUAUAUUUACCAGUUUUUUGAAGAUAAGAGGUGGUCCAUGAAAGUAUUCAGUUCACUAAAAAGCAAUGAGAUGCUGUUUAGCAUGUGCCAAGUCCCCCUAGUGUGCUGGGCCACUUGUACUUGUCUGAAGCAGCAAAUGGAGAAGGGUGGUGAUGUCACAUUGACCUGCCAAACAACCACGGCUCUGUUUACCUGCUAUAUUUCUAGCUUGUUCACACCAGUAGAUGGAGGCUCUCCUAGUUUACCCAACCAAGCCCAGCUGAGAAGACUGUGCCAAGUCGCUGCCAAAGGAAUAUGGACUAUGACUUAUGUGUUUUACAGAGAAAAUCUCAGAAGGCUUGGGUUAACUAAAUCUGAUGUCUCUAGUUUUAUGGAAAGCAAUAUUAUUCAAAAGGACGCAGAGUAUGAAAACUGCUAUGUGUUCACCCACCUUCAUGUUCAGGAGUUUUUUGCAGCUAUGUUCUAUAUGUUGAAAGGCAAUUGGGAAGCUGGGAACCCUUCCUGCCAGCCUUUUGAAGAUUUGAAGUCAUUACUUCAAAGCACAAGUUAUAAAGACCCCCAUUUGACACAGAUGAAGUGCUUUUUGUUUGGCCUUUUGAAUGAAGAUCGAGUAAAACAACUGGAGAGGACUUUUAACUGUAAAAUGUCACUGAAGAUAAAAUCAAAGUUACUUCAGUGUAUGGAGGUAUUAGGAAACAGUGACUAUUCUCCAUCACAGCUGGGAUUUCUGGAGUUGUUUCACUGUCUGUAUGAGACUCAAGAUAAAGCGUUUAUAAGCCAGGCAAUGAGAUGUUUCCCAAAGGUUGCCAUUAAUAUUUGUGAGAAAAUACAUUUGCUUGUAUCUUCUUUCUGCCUUAAGCACUGCCGGUGUUUGCGGACCAUCAGGCUGUCUGUAACUGUGGUAUUUGAGAAGAAGAUAUUAAAAACAAGCCUCCCAACUAACACUUGGGAUGGUGAUCGCAUUACUCACUGUUGGCAAGAUCUCUGUUCUGUGCUUCAUACAAAUGAACACUUGAGAGAAUUGGACCUGUGCCAUAGCAACCUUGAUAAAUCAGCAAUGAAUAUCCUGCAUCAUGAACUAAGGCACCCAAACUGUAAACUACAAAAGCUACUGUUGAAAUUUAUCACUUUCCCUGAUGGUUGUCAGGAUAUCUCUACUUCUUUGAUUCAUAACAAGAAUCUGAUGCAUCUUGACCUAAAAGGGAGUGAUAUAGGGGAUAAUGGAGUAAAGUCAUUGUGUGAAGCCUUGAAACACCCAGAGUGUAAACUACAGACUCUCAGCUUAGAAAGCUGUGGUCUCACAGAGGCUGGCUGUGAGUAUCUUUCUUUGGCUCUCAUCAGCAAUAAAAGACUGACACAUUUGUGCUUGGCAGACAAUGUCUUGGGUGAUGGUGGAGUAAAGCUUAUCAGUGAUGCCCUGCAACAUGCACAAUGUACUCUGAAGAGCCUUGUGCUGAGGCAUUGCCAUUUCACUUCACUUAGCAGUGAAUAUCUGUCAACUUCUCUUCUACACAACAAGAGCCUGACGCAUCUGGAUCUAGGAUCAAACUGGCUACAAGACAAUGGAGUGAAGCUUCUGUGUGAUGUCUUUCGGCAUCCAAGCUGUAAUCUUCAGGACUUGGAAUUGAUGGGCUGUGUUCUCACUAAUGCAUGUUGUCUGGAUCUGGCUUCUGUUAUUCUGAAUAACCCAAACCUGAGGAGCCUGGACCUUGGGAACAACGAUUUGCAGGAUGAUGGAGUGAAAAUUCUGUGUGACGCUUUGAGAUAUCCGAACUGUAACAUUCAGAGGCUCGGGUUGGAAUACUGUGGUUUGACAUCUCUCUGCUGUCAAGAUCUCUCCUCUGCUCUUAUCUGCAACAAAAGACUGAUGAAAAUGAAUCUGACACAGAAUACUUUAGGAUAUGAAGGAAUUGUGAAGUUAUAUAAAGUCUUGAAGUCUCCUAAGUGUAAACUACAAGUUCUAGGGUUGUGCAAAGAGGCAUUUGAUGAGGAAGCCCAGAAGCUGCUGGAAGCUGUGGGAGUUAGCAAUCCACACUUAAUCAUUAAGCCAGAUUGUAACUAUCAUAAUGAAGAAGAUGUGUCUUGGUGGCAGUGUUUCUGAUUUGAAGAAACUGACAUUCCUUUAAAAAUAUAAAUUUAAAUACAUACAUACAUAGAUAUAUACCCAGACUUGGGUGCUUAGCUUCAGAUACUCUAUGCCCAGAGAUAGUGCACUUGGCAGCUGUCAGAUACCAUUCAUCUACUUCUCUGUAAAAUGUCUGUUCUACUUCACACAGUGGUCGAGAGGCUAAAAUAAAAUGAAAAGCAUAAAACUCUCUGAAAAGUAUGUUUUUAAUU